AUGUCUAGCUCAGAAACCAUUGAACAAUAUUUUACUCGUGUUACAGACCUUGUCAAUAAGAUGAGAGUCUAUGGAGAAGAUAUGCCCGAUAGCAAAGUGGUGGAAAAAAUUCUUCGCACCAUGCCGAUGAAGUAUGACCAUGUCGUGACUACGAUACUAGAGUCACAUGAUAUAGAUACCAUGACGAUUGCAGAGUUGCAAGGAACCAUGAAAAGUCACAUCAGUAGAAUACUGGAGAAGUCAGAAAAAUCAACCGAAGAAGCCCUGAAAAGUCGAGUGAAUUUUAACAAUGUUACAGAAUCAAGCCGUACACAAGAAGAACGAGAAAAUCAGCAUCAAAAUACUAAUGAUAAUCCGGGUACUCUGACUUUAUUUUUUACAAGUAAUUCAUGUGCUGAAGGUGAAAAUAUAUGGUACUUGGAUAAUGCUUGCAGUAAUCAUAUGUCUGGUAGAAAGGAGUUAUUUUCUUCACUAGAUGAUUCAGUUAAACUAUUAUUGAAGUUUGGCAAUAGUACAAAGAUCCAUAUUGAAGGAAAAUGGCACAUACCAAUUAGAUUGAAAGAUGGUUCUCUGAGUUAUAUUUAUGAUGUUUUCUAUGCUCCCGAACUUGAUUACAAUUUACUGAGUAUGGGACAAUUAUCUUGA